AUUUGAAGAUCUCUUGCAUUACGGAAAAGAGAGGAUUCAGCAGCAUUUUAGGACAUUGUAUACAACUAUCGCAAUCCACAUGAACAGUCCCAUAGAAGAUUUAUUUGGUUCCUUGUUGGACUACCUACACGGUAUGGACAUCAACAUCGAGCACACUGUAUCAAGGUUCUUUGAUACGCUCUUCCCUCACAUCUACACUAGCCAUAUAAACAGCAAAGUGACGCGGCUGGACUCGCGAUACCGCGACUGCCUAUCAAACCAGGCGUCGGUGAUCAUGCCAUUCGGUUUUGCGCACAGGGACCUCGCCAGGAUGCUGGAGAAGUCUUUGAAGGUCGCGAGGAUGUUCCUCGGGACGGUCAACCUCGGCCUGGAGGUCCUCAACUCGACGGAGAAUAUGGACCUGACGCGGCGCUGCACCCGCGCCCUGAUGCAGAUGCGGUACUGCGGACAGUGCCAGUCGUUGGUCGGCGUCCCCGCAUGCCAAGGGUUCUGCUUCAAUGUCAUCAAGGGGUGCUUGGCGAACUUCAUGGACCUGGAUCUGUAUUGGAGGGAGUAUGUUGCAGUGGUCGUAGACUUGGUUCGUGUCAGUAUGACUGCGGAAUAUGAUCUCCAUUCAGCCAUGUAUUAUCUAGAUCAGAAGGUGAUGGCAGCCAUUAACAGGGCGAUUGAGGACAAAGAUUCCAUCAUGCAAGCUGCCAUGAUCACAUGCGGGCCUCCACCCCUCUCGAGACCCUCACCCUACAACGACUUUGCCAUGAACAACCCAGCCGGCAACAUCCCCAUCGCCCCCAACCCUGCCGUCCCCUUGGACGAGCUCUUGCUGGAGUUUGUAGGUAGCCUGGACAGUUCCAAGAGUGUCUUCAGGGACCUUCCUGUGCUGAUGUGCUCCCAGGGGAACAUGGCUUCCGACAGCAACCGGGACUGCUGGACCGGAGAGACGCAAGGAACUUACCGUAAGAUUGUUGUGGAGGAUGGCCUAGCAGCACAGCUACACAACCCCGAAGUAAAGUUAACAUCGAGGGAAAGAGAACUUCUAAAUGCCCUGCAGUUAAUGGACAAGCUGGAACAUAAAACAGAGAUGAUUGAACGUUUCUUGAAGAGUACGAUGGAAGAUUCUAACAUGUUGCCGAUGCCUGGAAGCGGUGAUUACUAUAGUGGGAGCGGCGAUGGUGAAUUUUCGGGGAGCGGGGAUCUAUCCGGUAGCGGGUCAGGCGAUGGCGAAGAUAGCACGACACAGUUCUCAUUCACAACAGUUACUCCUAAUGAAACAGAUUUCAGUUUCGAACCUACGUCAAGAGGCUCUGGUGAAACGAGAACAAAAGACCCUCACAGUAUUACGUAUAGUCCCGCGACAGACCCGAAUGUCAGACAAACGAGUAAACCGCGAGGAGCCGCAACGUCGCUUCAUUCAGCCACGAUGUUCUUGACAUCAAUAAUGCUCUCACUUAUCGUCUUCCUGCACUGGUGACAUUCUGCUUAACUCGGCGUUGACUUGUUUUACGCUGUAUUGCAUCCAUGUGUGAAAGGACACUAUCAUUAUACCAGUACUCAUUUACACAACAAGCUGGUGUGAAUGGGAUAAAAACUAUAGUAUUAUAUUAAUACAUGCGGAAUGAUGCAGCUUGGAUCUUAUGAGCGUAGCGUUGGAUUUGGGAUAUACAUCACUGGUCUUUUUCAUCAGGAAGUUAUAUUUAGUACUUCAAGGGUCAUUUUAUGGUUAAAAUUUUAUGAAGACUAUUUCUCUUCAGGUUUUUAAAAUGUUUCCCAAGGUUUAAAAAAAAAGUUUCCCCCAUGCAAGCUUAAACACCUUGUAAAACUUCUAAUAGACAGUACAAUAAUCUUUCAUUGAAUUUAAUGGAAGACGUGGUCUUGUAUUGUGUUUUUUAUUUUUUUCUUCCUAUUUCAAGAAAAAUCAGAUUUCCUUUUUAUUGUAUUUAUCCAUGGGAUUUAGAAUUACAUUGAACUAUCCUGUCUUGAUCAGAGCUAUCAAUUUCACACUCUUUAUGCAUAUUUUCUUAUUCUUGAUUAGAAUUGGAUGCCUCUAUUCUAAAAAGUAAUUUCCUAUUUUUCAUUUUUUUCCCCGCAAUUUAUGCACAUUACAUCUAUUUGGUCGGUGUAGCAUUCUGUGUGAUUUUAUUUGUGAAUGAUAUACACAUUUCAAUCUUACAUCCCCACUGGAAAAUUGAAUUCAGAGGCUAAGGAUUUUAAACAUUUGAAUUUAAAUGUUAAUCUGGUGUGUCCAACAUUUGCCAAACUUAGAUAAGUUUUCAUGUAUCAAGAAUAUUUGAUAUAUAUAUAUUUUCUUUUUAUUUCUCAAUUUUUUUUAAUCAGGACUAAGAAAAUUAUCUCAAUUUUGUUGAUGAGUAGACCAAAAUUGUGUUUGUAAGUUAAGCAAUGAUGAAUCUUUGCUUGGUCUCUUUCCAAUGUUGCUUUAUAUGUCAUUAUGUUUUGGGUGAUUUUAAAGAUCUUUCUGGCAUAUAGAGAGGGCACAACGUACACAAAUUAUUGUGGUGUAGUGGUUGAAGCUCUUUGCUGCCAGAUAAUAUGAUAGGUUGUGGAUUCAGCACUUGCUUUGUGCUCCGUCAGUGAACAGGAUAUAUGUUUUUGUUGAUAGUUGCCUUCUAAAUUCAUUUUAUUCCUAUUCAUUUAUAAGGUUGAUACAUACUAAAUGAUGAACUAGGAUUUCUUGAGAGAAAAAACAAUGGAUAUGUAAAACAGCAAUAGGUCAAAGCCACUUGGUGAUUAUCUGUAUUCUUUCAAUUUUCCUUAUGAAACAAAAUAAGAAUAAUCACAUUAAAAAAAAACAUACAUUGAUAGAAUUUGGUGUUUAGAAAAGAUACUGAUAUCAAUAUGAAAAUAUAAUAUUAAAGUUGACAUUACUCCAGUACGUUUAAACAAUGUUUUUAAGCAAUGUAAAGAGAGAGGAAGAGUGAUAAAUGUAGAAAUUUUGAAGUAAAAUAAACGAUAUCUGUAAUUUAUGACAAUAAUAUGAUAAUAUUUCUAUACAGUGUGAGCACUUCAUAUAUAUAUUUUUUUUCAAUAUAGUUUUCUUUAUAAACCAUGAUUACAGUACUUUAAUAUCCUUUGAAGUUAGUAUAAAUAUAAUUCUAACACUAUCAUCUUCAUAACGAUUUAUUAUGGAAAUAGAUAAUGUUCAAUAAUCUUGGUGCCAUAAUUUUUACAUUGUAAUGAUAAAAAUAAAUUUACAUAAUUAAUUGUGUAAAUAUUUCAAAGAACACAUGGCUGAAGUAGGAAAGACAUGUUGGUAAUGAUUCAAUAUAUUUUUAGAGUCAGAAGGGAUUAACUCAGUUAAUGCCUUCUUACGUUACACAACUGGUUGUUUUCACAAAUAAAUAAGUUGGAUUUACAUGAAUAUAAUCAUAUAUAUGCACAACUGGUUGUUUUCACAAAUAAAUAAGUUGGAUUUACAUGAAUAUAAUCAUAUAUAUGCACAACUGGUUGUUUUUACAAAUAAAUAAGUUGGAUUUACAUGAAUAUAAUCAUGUUUAAAUGGUGAGUUGUUGUCAGCAUUGACCACACAGAUCAUGCCAUUUAGUAUUCUUUCAAUAGGAUCAUAAAUUGAAAACUGUAUACUCAUUAUCUUUUUUGUGAAACCACCCCCUGAGAUACAAUGUGUAUUCUAACCUUUCCUAUUCUGCAUUAUGCAUUAUGAUGCUUUCAUAUUGCUUUCAUGUACAGGUUAUGUGUUUAAUUUUUUUUUUUUUUAAUUUGUUAACAAAUUUUUCGGCAUUACUCCUAUUUGUUUUAAGAUCAGUAUGCUCGAUCUGUAAUGAAAAUCAUAAGAUCAGUAUGCUCGAUCUGUAAUGAAAAUCAUAAGAUCAUAAGUCAGAAAAAAUUGGAACCAGUGGGAUUCGAACCUGCCAUCUACUGCUUUCCGGGCAGCGACUCAACCACCAGGCUAUUCUGGUUCACGGCUAAGCCACGAUGAACUGGAAUUCAAAUACCCUCGAUCCUCUUCUUUCUGACUCAUCCAUAUUCAAAUGCCGUCCGCCGUGGACAAUAGAUAGUAAAUUAAGAGGCUUUUAUACUAGUUUUGGUCGACUACUGAAACACAAUAUAGAAGAUGCCACAGUUAAUUUCUGUCAAAGUUGACUUAUUUUAUAAAUUCAAUCUUUAUAUAUUUUUUUCAUACCUUCGAUCAGCCUUUUCUUCAAUUGGAACUGCAUUUUUCAAUUCAUUUAAUUCAAUAUGAUAAACACCAGAAAUAUAGAAAAAGCAAGAUAAAACAAUAACAUUGAGAAAAAAACAUUUAAAAUAAUUGUUCAGAAGGAAAAGAACACUCAACACUCCACAUCUUUUUUCUUUUCAGUCGAUCCAAAAAGUCUUUGAGUUUUCUCAGUUGGUUUUAGAACCUGAUCAUACUAAAUUGAACAUUUAAAACAAAAAUUAUUGUUAUGUGUGUCUGUUUGUGUAUUUAUUAACUGUUAUUAUUUUUGCCAAUUGAUAUUAUGGUCAAUGCUGUGAUUUGUAUUAUGAAAUUGAUUCUAAGGCUUUCAUGAGAAUGUAAAUUUUCAACCAUGUAUAAUUAUUAUUUUUAUAUUAUACAAAAAAAAUAUGUAUCGCACUGUACAUUGUAACGAUUCAUUUUUUUUUUUUUGUGAGGAAUAUUAUUAAUUUGCAUCAGUACUUGUAAAGUACUAUGCGCAAUGAGUGUAAAUGAUGCUUGAUGAUAUAUAGAAAUAUGCACCUUUGUAAUACUGAUGCCAUUUUAAUGUACUAUUUUGGAAUAUGCUAUUAUGUGAAAUGUACAAAUAUAUAUUUCUGUAUAUUACUGUUUUUAUACAUUCUUAAAUAAAGGGAAUUAUAACUAUUGUAUAUAA